UCAUCUGCUUCAUGCUUUACGAUAACCGCGCAUUUUAAUUUAGUCCACACAACUAAAUGUUCAGCUGGAGUUAUUAAUUAUUUAUAUAAUGAUUUGAAUUUUCUUAUGAACCUUGGAUCACCGUACUAGAAAAAAAAGAGUUUUUGCGUUCCUUGUAUGGAGUAAGCGCGCAUCCUAUAAGUAUGUGAUCGCGAAUUGUCAACCAAAUCGAGUUUUACAUUUAUUGCGUUAAGAUGAAUCAAAAUCGAAUUACCCAUUAAAAACGACAGGUGUUUUUGUUUUUGUAGUUAUUCCAACUUUAUGACAAGUUUGGAAAUUUGCUUUUCUUCCAAUGUACUACUUUUCCGCUGACAAAAACUGUUGAACUUAUGAUCAAGCUAUUUGCCUCAAAAAUUAUAGAAAAAAGUGAACAUUUGAUUUUUAAUAUUGGCAUGACGUUUUUAUCCGGUCAAGUCUGUACACUUUGAGAGAGUAGAGGCAUAAGUUCUGUUCUGAUUUUUAUCCGCCAACAUGAGCUCUUGCGAUAAACUUCAGUCACGAUUCUUUUCAUAAUAAAAUUAUAUUACAUCGAUUGCUAAAUGCUAUUUCGGGUGUCAGGAAGGAAGGCGCAGCAGCUUAAUUCAUUUUGAAGGGGAUCAAUUUUCUAAUAGCUUUAGUGUUUUAUUUUUUCUUCCUUAAUAUGCCCAGUACGCACCGAUCUCAUUACAUGCUCAGUGCCAGUAUCUGUAAAAGUUUAAGGGUAAAGUAAAAAUAUACGCUCUUUACAGUUCCCAACUUUAUUUCAUCCAUCUUUCACCAGAAGACCAGAUAGCCAAAAUAGAUAAACGAUUAUCGUAAAAAAUUGACUCUGAAAUCAAUUUUUUAUUGGUUCUAGUUUGCGUCAAGAGUGAUUAAAUUGAAAGAAAUUACACUUACUUUGAUUCAUAAAUGUCAGAAAUGUCAUGCUUGCUUGAUGAUAAAUGUCAUGCUUGCUUGAUGAUGGUUGCAUUUCUAAAAUUAUCCAUUCAACAAACCUAAAACUGUUUCAACAAAUAAACUUAAAAUGCGACCUGUUUUGAAACUUUUCGCAUGCUGCAUACUGAUUUUAUCGGCCUUACACCUUUUAUAUUUUGCAAUUAUUUCAAAAUCGACCAAUUCAAAAGAACGAGAAAUAUUUCCGCUUAAACCUCCAAAAACAGCUGAGAAUCCGAAUGAUUCAAAGUAUGGAAGUGUCCAGGAGUUUAAGGAAUUGAGCCAGGAAAGCAGUUAUGAAUUUGCUAACCAAUCGUGUAUUUUUGGACACCAAGUUUUCCUUGACCAUCACGAUGUGCUGAGAAUUCUGUCCGCGAAGCAAGUUGAACAUUGCGAGCCAAUCCGAAAUGUGGCAUUAGUCAAAACACAUAAGUGUGCCAGUGACCUGAUGGCUUAUAUUCUGAUGCGGCAUGCUGACAUCCACUCGCUAGAAGUACUGCUACCGCGUAAAAGGGGUUCCAAUUUAGGCUAUGGGACUCAAAAACGUUUCGUCAUUGAGCUACCCUCAAGAUUACAAGACAGAAAGUUUCAGCUGAUGACCCUUCACACCCAGUUCAAUUUCGACUACUGGUCACAACUCAUGCAAGCACCAAGUGCACUAAUAGGCAUGGUCAGACACCCCCUUGACCAGUUCUCGUCCUUUUUCAACUACUACGACAUGGAAGAAUCUUUGAGAGAAGGGUUUCCUUUGCUAGAUGAGGCCUCAAGCACUUUCGAUUUUUUCCUCAAACACUCACAACAAUUGACAGUUGGGGCAUGGAAAAGACAAUGGAGCAGUCAGCAAGUUCAUCCUGGCAGUCUCAGAGACACUAUGUUGUUCGAUUACGGAGCGUAUCACUCUAAAAACAGAACCAAAUUAGCCCAAGAUAUAGUCCGAAACUUCUCAAUUGUUCUAGUUCAAGAGAGAUUUGACGAAAGCUUGGUUCUUCUCAAGACUGUGCUGAAUUGGGGUUACGAAGACAUUUUAUAUCAGCCCAAGAACGAGGCUGGAAAUUACAAAAUAUCAAGCGAAAACAAAAGAAAUGCUUCGCUUUAUUUGAAUCGAUUACAUCUGCAUAUGAUUCAGUCACCUCACGAUUAUACCUUGUACGAUUUGAGCAUGAAAAAUUUUAAUCAGCAGAUUGCUCUGAUUGAAAAGUUUAGCGAAAAAGUUAAAGAGUUUCGACAAAUAAACCAGAAAGUUUCAAAAUGGUGCUAUGAGAGAUUGCGACAUUUAAACAUGCUUCAACAGUUCAGACCCUUGCCGAAGCUGACCCGAUACUUGACAAUGGUUGGCACCCGUAAACAUCAAUCAACAACAAUGAGCUUCACUUCGGAAUUCACGAAUGAAAUAGUAACAGUCAAUGAAGUAAGUUGUUUUAAAAUGCAGCUUGAUAUGUUGGAUUUUGUACAAUUUCAUAUUCAAAAAUACCAUGGUCUAAAUUGAAA